ACUGCACUGUCAUAUCAUCCCACCGUUUUUUAUGUUUGCGUUUUUGCCAUUUUGUAAUUAAGGAUAUGUUUGAUGUACAUCAUUCUUUUCCUGAAAAGGCUGGUGUAAUAAUUUGGAUCAAUACAGCUGUAAUUUUAUAUAGUCUAAAAGCAGGUGUAAUUUAGCACUGGUGUUUUUUUACUGCUUCGCAAGGGAUAUUGGCGCAUUUGUUACUGAACACAUUCUUGAUCCUGUUUCACGUACGCCACUAUCGCCGCCGCCGCUCAGUUUCCCAUGGAAACUGAGUGAGUGUUUCCAUAGAAACAUCAUCAAAUUAGAGAGCAUCGUUCGAUUGGGAUGUCGCCGCCUCCGGGAGAUAGCCAGGACCAAGAGGUAGCGGUGCAUCGCCAGCUGCCCAGUAUUCCCAUUCUGCAAUGCCGCUGGGGACUCGGCGAAGGCGUUAGUCCAAUGGUGUUUAAGCCGUUGACGAUCCCUCGUCACCUGAUCCAGUCGCCGGACGGGCCGCCGCCGGAGCCCGCCCGCCGACCUCGCGGCCGCGGCCGCGCCUCUGGCCUCAGCUGUCACGACGAUCCUCUGCCGGUUCCCGGGAACCUCGCCAACGUCGGCGUCAGCAACCUGACCAUCCAGGAGCAGAUAAAUCGCGUACGGAGAGACCUGCCGAUUUACGAGCCGCCGACCAACUACAGUCAGUACAUCCUUCCGCGGCACAACUCUCAGGACGACGAUUUCUCGGAGCUGGAGCCGGAGACGGCCGCCACGCCGCCGCCGCGACUGACCGGCCAGGUAAAUCUGGAUGACGGGCAGCGCGGCGGCUGGAAUCUGGCCGACUUCCUGGAUCCCGGCGGUGUCGUGGCCGUAGAGUCUGCCCUGCUGCCGGCGGCGGCGGUAGCUGAUGGUGACACCCAAGGGCGGCCUUCACGGCUACUCGGACACCUAGGAAAUGACUCUGACGACCCAGACAUCUGUGAGGAGCGGACCAAUUCGUCCGAUAUGUCGGACGAAUGGCAGCCCCGGCGUGUCUGGCGGCCCCGACCGCCGCCUCUCGAUGAGCAGAGCUUUCCUCCUCUGCAGGGUGCCGCAGACGCUCCGGACCGCUCCUCGUCCAGGGCGGCCCGGGCAUCGGGCUGGGCGAAACCGGUGACGGCCGCUCUGGACAGCGCCACGACCAGGCCCGAGGGGCGAAACGGUAGCCAGGCUGGGAAGAGGCCGAAGUCGGCCAGUCAGUCCUCUACGGCCGCCUCGUCUGUGAGCGGUGCUGACUUUCAGUCGGCGCCCUCUGCUCCGAGCCUGGCGUCCCAUCAGGUCACGGAGGACACUGCUAGCGCCCGUAUGCACGUGACCGGCGUGACCGAUGCGAACUGGGACAAGGUGCAGGAGUACGUGCAGGCGUACGGAAGCACAUCGGACCCACAGCGCGGCCCGGGCGGCCACGGAUGGUUCUCGAUCACGCCGCCGGAGAGCGCCGAGUGGAUCGUAUCCGUGCACUCGAGCACGCAGUGUGACAUCGCCGGAGUCGCCUUCCACCUGGCCGACCGUGGCAGCGCCGCCGAACCGACCGACACGUCGCGCCCUCCCUCCGGCCAAAAGGAGUGAGCCGACUCGCCCUGCUGUUCAGGGACGUGCUCGGUGCUGCUGCCGUCUGCUUCUGAGGCGUGGGAAAACAAAAUGCUGUGGAGCCAACCUCACCCAUGUCUAGUCCCAUCCUCUCCGUGAUCGGAGUAAAAGUGCCUCUAUCCUGCUGGGUGGGUGAGUCGUAUCCGAUAAGCAGAUUUGGCUCAUCAAUGCUGAAUUGUUUGCCACUUGCCAAGCAUUGUCCAGUUCUAAAAAAGAUGGAUCAUUCCAGUUUUUUUCAAGCAUAGUGUCAAGUCAGGUUUUACGCAUGUAAUGUUUAUUCUUAAUUUCCAGAUUAAUGAGACUUCUGAAGUUCGUAGAUGAAUACAUGUACUUAUUAAACCAAU